AUGUACGAAGACGCGCCGAUGUUGGAAGAGCAUGCGCGUUCGCAUGAAGAAGGUGAACAGUGUCCGUUGUGCUCGGAUCGAACACUGAAACUCACUGAACACCUGAUUCAGGAGCACAAAAUUGCCGAGUCGGCCGUCGAACGAUUGCUUGCCGUGCAUCGACCCGAAACAUCAAACUCGGGCAACUUCACCUAUCGUUGCGCUCAAUGCACAAUGGCGUUUCGUACGGAAAACGCGCUCCGAUCGCACUCGAUUUUACACCUGUUUGCGCCAACCCAACGAUGUUCACUUUGUCAAAAGAUGUGCGCUAACGAUGAUGAGCUGAAGAGCCACAUGGAAAGUGAUCAUCCGCAAGACGACGAAACAGCCCGAUGUGAUUUGUGUGCGGAGACGUUCACGUCACGAACGGCGCUCAUCACCCAUAUCAACUCGGUACGGCAUCUGCACAGGGCCAAGAAACAGCUUGAAGCUCAGGGAUCUGUCGAUCUAAGCAGCCAGGUAAGCCUAUUAACGGAUCGAUAA